GUCUUAAAGCGUUGCCAUUGGGAUCUCUCUUGAUCGGUUUAACAUCGCUGGCUUGUUAACAACCCAAUUUUCUUCAAACCCAUCUCAUAUUCUCGAUUACAAAUUUUCUUCUGCUAGUUCAUCCUGAUUCCGCUUCAUGGAUCUAUGGUACAACGGGUCUCCUUCCAUUAUCAGAUAUAAAUUUCGAGGGGGAAUGAAUAUUCUAAGAUGGCUCAUGCUGCACCUACAUCUAAAGAACCUGUUGUCCGAGGAAUUUUUGGAUUCGAUGUACUUUGGAACAUAUAGGGCAUCGGAGUUCCUUGCCCAAGCAAAUUUUGUGUUGAGUACUUGAAUUUUGCAAGGACUCAAAAUGUUUCCCCUGAUGAAAUGGAAAAUUUUUUUAAAAAUCUCGACUCGAUACAUAAAAGAUCCAUGGAGAUGGAGGUUCAAGUUGUUGUUUCAAUGGAAGUAACUACAAGAUGUUCCACCGGAUGUAGUAGAAUUCAUGAAAAGUCUUCAAGGGGAAGGGGAACGUCAUAGCUUCAAAUUCUUCAAUAACCGGGAUAUCGCUUUGGUACUGAAUGAACUCAAUGUACUCAACUCUAGAUUGGAAGAUUUCAUUCAUGAAUGUGUCAUCUCUGAUCAGGAUACUAUCAGGAUUCCUGACCAUUGUGAAUUACAUGAUGGUUUCUUUGAGGAUUCGCCAGAUGGCUUACCACAGAAAUCAUUAAAUGAUCUGCUUUCCACUUGUCAGAAGAUAACCACUUCCUGCCUACAAGUAAAAGCAACCAUUUCUCUCUGUCACAGAGUGAAUGAUGAUUUGCUCCCAAAACUCAAGUACCCUAAUGACACUGAACUGAUAAAUCACAUAAAAGUUGUUGCUGAUGAAGCUGCAGACCCUAUUGAAGAUUUUCUAGGAAACCGUCUUGAUGAUGGUCUGACGAACGACUUUGAUCAAUUGAUGUCUGAAUCUUUAGAGGAGGAAUCUUCCAGAUUUUAGAGAUCCACAAUGGAUGGCUUGCACAAAAACUUUGACCAAUUGCUGUCCCACACUUAUAAGGAGGAAUCUUCUCUCCAGGGAGAGACGGAUAGUAUUUCCAAAACAGGGAUUUUAGGGAAUUUGUCAAUACAACCGGAGGAUAUUGUGGUGGGAAUUGAUGACUACAUUCAGGGAGUUAUCGAUGUGCUUAUUGGUCCAUCAUCUGGACUGGCAAUUCUCACAAUUGUAGGGAGGGGCGCAUUGGUAAAACGACUCUUGCCAGAAACAUUUACCAACAGUGACUAAUGCCCCUAAUUUUGCUCCUGUGGGAUGGGUCAAACUUUGUCCCAUCUUGUGAACUGCAUUGGAGUGCAUGAUGAUGCUAUUCAUAGAGAAACCAUUCAACAUAAAGGAGAACACUUGUGGAAAAGUUUAAG